ACAACUCCCUUUGCCACUAGAACAGCGACAGGGGGCGUCCGACUUGUUGCUAAGAUACAGUCUGUGGGGAGGCAGCCCGAGUGAUGAAGGGAGGAGAUGAUGGAUGAUAUUUCACCAGCGCUAUUUGUUUGCCGUUAUGUUGGGGAUAAUAAAAACUUGAUUUCACUUAUUUUCUUUAGAUCUGGCUCGUGAAACCGCACGCUGCACUCAGUUCGUUCCAUUGCAGGUGUGCGCUGUGAUCAUCGGUUGCAAAAUUACUAUAAUAAAUGGUUUUGGAGCUGGCAGCGCCCGCAAGUGCAGGCCCUUUGCUACAGCGCUCCAUCCCGCAUAUCGAGCGUGUUUUCCGGGUUAGGGUCAGCUACUGCUCCGCUGAGUCAAACUGCGACAGUGCUAAUGGAAGCAACUCAAGCAACAGUAUCACUGUAAUUAUUCAGGACGGCAACGAGGAUGACUGCGUCAAAGCUAAAGAGUACAUAGUGUCCCUGAUUGCUCCUGCCCACCACCGUCGAGUGCGCCUGACUCUGUCCCUGCACCGGAGGCUGCAGACACUGCACUCGGCCAUCGAAUAUGAGACAGGCGCUGUGCUGACGCUCCGCGAGCAUGCCGUGGUACUGCAGGGCGGAGAGGCUCAGGUGACCGCCGCGUGGGCCAUGCUGCAGCAGCGGCCCAGGAUGGAGCCACGAGCGCCGCGCCGCGAGCUGUUGCCGACACUAUCGGCCGCUACUGUAGCCACAGAGGAGGAGGAGGAGAGGAGCAGCUCGGAGAGCGAGGCGGAGCAACAGGCCAAGGUCGGGGUUGGAACGGGCAGGAGGAGAGAGCCACUAAUGGCAACCAAGCCUCACCGGCAGCUGUGCCGGUCACCCUGCCUAGACCGGCCCAGCUUCAGCCAGAGCAGCACCCUGCAGGAGCUGAGGGCCGAGGACGGCAGCCGCGCUGGCCCUGGAGCCCCAGCAGGGGGCCCAGCACGGCAGGCCAGCGAGCGUGACUACCAGUCCAAGAUGGACUUCGCGCUCAAGCUGGGCUACUCGGGCGAGCAGGUGGAGUCUGUGCUCGGCAAGCUGGGCUCCGGGGCGCUCAUCAAUGACGUGCUCGCCGAACUGGUCAGACUGGGCAACAAGGGCGAGCUGGAGGCCCAGGGUGGUUUGGGGCAGGCCACAUUGGCCCCCCACGGCCCCGGGGUCAAGGAGGCGGUCAGCCCAGAGGCCUCGCUGGAGGAGGAGUCCGUGGAUAGCUCGGACAACCUGAGACCAAUCGUCAUUGAUGGCUCCAAUGUAGCCAUGAGCCAUGGAAACAAAGAGGUUUUCUCCUGCAUGGGGAUUCAGCUGGCAGUGGAUUGGUUCCUGGAGAAAGGCCACAAAGACAUCACAGUGUUUGUGCCUGCGUGGAGGAAAGAGCAGUCCAGACCCGACGCCCCCAUCACAGAUCAGGAGAUUCUCCGGAAGCUGGAGAAAGAGAAGAUCCUGGUGUUCACCCCCUCCCGCCGCGUUCAGGGACGCCGCGUGGUGUGCUAUGACGACCGCUUCAUCGUCAAGCUCGCCUGCGACUCCGACGGCAUCAUCGUCUCCAACGACAACUACCGCGACCUUCAGAACGAGAAGCCGGAAUGGAAGAAGUUCAUCGAGGAACGCCUCCUCAUGUUCUCCUUUGUCAAUGACAAGUUUAUGCCUCCGGAUGACCCUCUAGGAAGACAUGGUCCCAGUUUAGAGAACUUCCUACGGAAGCGUCCGGUGGUACCUGAGCACAAGAAGCAGCCUUGUCCUUACGGAAAGAAAUGCACCUACGGUCACAAGUGCAAGUACUACCACCCCGAAAGGGCCAACCAGCCGCAGCGGUCAGUGGCCGACGAGCUCCGUGCCUUCGCCAAACUCUCGGCGGUCAAGACAAUGAGCGAGGGAGCCCUGGCCAAGUGCGGGACCACGGGCAGCAUCACCUCCAAGGGCGAGGCAGGCUCGGAGGCCAAGCGUGUGGCGCCCAAACGCCAGUCGGACCCCAGCAUCCGCUCGGUGGCAUGUGAGCCGGAGGAGCGUCUGUGUCCGGCGCGGAAGGCCGAGGCCAGCUCGGUGCCGUCGCUGGUGACGGCGCUCAGCGUGCCCACCAUGCCACCAGCCAAGAGCCACGCGGCUGCUGGCGCACUCAACACGCGCUCGGCAAGCAGCCCCGUGCCGGGCUCCAUGCACUUCACCCACAGCCUGCUGGAGCACGCGGGCAGCGUCGGGUACCCGCCCAUCCUGGUGACCAACAGCCACGGCGCCUCGGUGGCCUACGGGGAGCCCUUCCCCAAGUACGACUCGGUGGUGAGUGACCACGGCUACUACUCCAUGCUCAGCGACUUCUCCACUAUGAGCCUGGGCAGCAUGCAGGGCCUGGACAGCUUCUGCAGCCUGGAACAGCCGGAGCCCGGUGGUGGUGGUGGUGGGGCCGGCACUUACCCCAGCCGCCCGCCGAGCCUGUGUCCCGAGCCCUGCCGCAGCCACUCGUCCGACUCGUUCUCCUCCUACGGGGACUCGUACCUGAGCUCCAUGGAGGGAUCCAUGGACGAUGGCGGCGGGGGCAUGAAGGGUCAGUCACAGCAGCCUCCGCCGUCAAUGGCCCAGACGCAGUCGGUGUCGCAGUCGCGGCUGCAGGCCUUUGCGCACGGCUUCCACCACGAGGCGCUGACGCGCGUGCAGAGCUAUGGCUCGGACGAGCCCAAGCCGGGCCCCCGCAAGCAGACGUCGGCCCACCUGGUGCCCCAUGUGCAGCACGCAGUGGUGGGCGCCCGUUCCAGCUGCCCCGGCGACUACCCGCAGCUGCCCCAGAACGUGCUGCCGCCCUCGGCGUCGGUGCUGACGUCGACAGCGUCGUGUCCGGCGCCGCAGGGCCGCUCGCUGGGCAUGACGCGCAUGGACAGCAUCUCCGACUCGCGGCUAUACGAGAGCAACCCGCAGCGCCAGCGGAGGCCACCGCUGUGCCGCGAGCAGCACGCCAGCUGGGACCCACUGCCCUGCGGCAUCAACGAGCAGGCGUACGGCUAUGGCGGCUACGGCCUGACCGGCGGCCUCAUGCCUUGUUGCGAGCGCGUCAUGGUGCGCAGCAUGCCCGAGAAGAUGGAGCAGAUCUGGCGCUCGCCCUGGGACACCCCGCCACCUCCGUCGCACCAGGCCAGCGGCGCCGGACACCCGAUGGACCAGCAGGAGCGCCAUCCCAUCCCCGAGCACCAAUACCAAACCUACCGAAACCUCUGCAACAUCUUCCCAGCCUACGUAGUCCACACGGUCAUGGAGAAGAACCCGCACCUUACCGACCCCCAGCAGCUGGCCGCACUCAUCGUCUCCAAGCUGCGCCACUGAAGGUGGGCUGGCAACCUCACCGCAUCCGCCCACCUCUGCCCGCGACUGCCCACGCCUGCCCACGCCUGCAGGGGUCAGGGAGAGACAGGAGACACAGGAGAGAUUUGCUAGCAAAUGGAAAUCUGGUUUUGUACGAAAUAUCUACAGUCAGUAUAUAUAUAUAUAUACAUAUAUAUAUAUAUACAGUAUAUAUAUAUUUCAAUAUGUUGCUCGUCUUUUAAAAUCGUCUGAAUCUGGACUGAAAGCUCUGUUUUCUCCUGGAUCCUACAGAUUAGCAAUCCUGUGAAGUAUUGUAAUUAUCUUAAUCGUGUUUUGUAUUUAUUCCAAUGAGUAUUUUUGCGUAUUAACGUGCAUGCCCAGCAUUUUUGCAUUAGUACCACAAUCAUCUAAAUGGAUUUAGACUAGCUACAAAAGCUCAUUUUUCUGAGCUUAACUGGCCAAUUUAUUGUCUCGUUAGACACAGAUGUAAUCAUGAUCUAUUUUUGAUGUCUGAAAUGAAACAGACGAGGGUGUUUUUGCACGUUUUGCAAACCGUGUCGAUUCUUACACCCGUUUUGCAAAGAGUAGAUUUCUGCCUUACAGCUCGGACUAGGCCAGGUCUGAACUCCUGUUGGUUUUUAUUGUUGACCAGUGGAUAAGACACGAUGUUUCGGAAAUGCCCCGACAUUCCGUCAAUGUCUUGUAGCUGCAUAGGUCAGUGAGGCACCUUUGAAUUUAUAGGAGGACUCUUGCAUUCGGUCAUAUCAAGCUAGUCAGACUGGUAACAGUAACUGGCUUUAAUAGGAAUCAUGUAAUUGUCCAGGCUUAUUGAGAUAGAGAUAUAUUCAAUUACAUGGUACUAUUGAAUGAAAAUGGCAUGCAACUUUAGAAAACAGUGUGUUUGUAAGGAAUGAUUCGUAGAUUGUCACUAAGACCUGCACCAAACGUAGUAGAGCACCAUUGUUAUUUAUGAAGCGAUGAGCUAGGAGGAGAAAUGGAACCUCACAACACACUAACAUCAGCAAACAGUUUGAGUGUGAGUACUUCUUUGGAGCUAGCCAUGCUGUGGUAUGCAUCAAUACAAAUUCCACAGCAGAAAUUUUUGGGAGUUUAACCGCUAGCUAUCGUCUGUAAAGAAAUGCUUAAUGAAGCCUGUGCACAAAUCUACAUACACAGUUAGAAGGUCUUGAAUUGGGCAUGUGACAUUGUUGAUGUGGUGGACUGAGUGAGUCGAUUCCAUGAGUGUUCUAGUUGAGGUGAGGUUGAGCAGUGUGGCCUUACUGGCAUCUCGGCCUUAUAGUUUAAGACUGAAGUGUGGACAUCACCACUAUUGUUCCUUUUCAAACGCUGAGUAGAGGUUGAAGUAGAGGUCGACAGAAGCAGGAAUAAGUCUGUGAAGUUUCUUUGACGUAGAAUCCUCCUGUAUGUCCGAAAUAGGAAUGGGGUCAUUCCACGUCAAUUCAACCAGGGCCCACGCACUUGGGUCUCAAAAAUUCUGAAAAAAUUCACACUGUAAAAUUACUUUUAUGUUUUAUGAAAUAUUUUCCAAGAUACAGCCAGUUUUACAGGGGGAGGGGGUUGUCGAUUUUGUUCACAAGCCCAUAGCACAAGAACUAAACCAAAAACUCCAAAAAUUAAAAAUUUGAUCAACUUUGAGGGACAGCUAUGACCAUGCAGGAUCAUCCAGACCAAACGUGAUGAUUUUGCAGUGUGUCUUCUGGGUAACAUAGGUAAUUUUUUCAGAAUAUUGAGACCUAAGUGCAUGGGCCCUGGUUGAAUUGACGUGGAAUGACCCAAUGACUAAAGUGUUUCUGCUCCUCUGCAUCGGUGGUUUGAAGACAAACGAGGAAGCAAUGACUGAAUAAUGUGUAUAUGCAAAGUGACUCAGCAUCUUUGCAAGUACAUUGUGACUGAGGAACCUUUUUGUGCAAAUAAUUUGAAGUCGGGACAGGAAUGCGGAUGUACCUCAGAGCGUGACAUGGUAACUCUUAUCGGGAACUCUAUUGCCUUAUCAGGGAAGGACUUCUCCCAUGACCGUUUUGUGUUUUAGAGAGGUUUCCUUGUGUACAGUACAUGUUCAAGCUUGAUAAAUAGAUCAGUAUUUAGAGUUUUAUUUUUCUCUCCAUCAUCGGUCAGAUUCUGCCACUUUAUUUUUGGUAGACUUAGAGUGAGUUGAAAGCCAAAUGGACCAGUGCAUAAUUUGGUCUCAGCAAAGGCACCAACAUACACAGAAAUACUCGCUCACUCACAUACCAUUGUGCAGACACAUUUUGAAAGCCUCAACAUUUACAUAUUGACAUGCAAAGACACAACCACAUGAAGCCAUUUUUGAAAGACAAUUGUAAGCUGCUUGAAACAAUGCCAAAAAAGAGAAGAAAACAUGUAAUCAAAAGUGUGACGUGAACUUUGUUUAUUUGUUUUGUUUUACACAGACGAUGGGGUUAGCCAAUGGACAUCAAGGUUAUGGCACCAAUUGUGUACAGUGUAGCUGGCUGCUAUGCUUAUAGCAUAAUAAUGGCUGUAGGUUCAACCUAAGUGGCCAUAGGUUGAUGGUAAUGGUGGGGUGAGUUUGCAUGCUGUUAGGACUCUAACGAUCCACAGCUGUUUGUCUUGUAAUGGUUAUGCAUAGGAUGUGUCAGAGAGUCAGGCUUUGGAGCAGUUUGAUGUGUCCGUGUGAGGGGUUGUCUGUCGUAGGGGGAGGAAUGGGAGCAUCUUGUCAGCAGAGAGCUUGCGAAACAAAAAGCACCUCUUUCGUUAUUGAUGCUGAGGGACAAGCUCUCGUAUUCCUUCCCUCCUAUAAUGACAGCUGUUUGGACUCUUCUUGAAUGUUCUUGCUCCAGAGGAACAUUCUGGGCGUCGCUGACUUUGGUUUCUGUCUUUCUUUCUCUUUCAUUCUUUCAUUCUUUAUUUCUGUCAGUCUGUCCUUUUUGUCUCUCUCCUUCCUUUGGUUUGUUUUCAUGAGGGGUUUGUGUUGGCCGCGUUGCGUCCCCUACGGUCACCUCAUGAGAAGGUGUGACACACUGCCUACCUGUUUCUCCCUGUGAGACACACACACACACGGGACGAGAGGCUGUCGUUGGGUUGUUUCGGACAUUUGGCUUACCGUUGGCUUGCUGCGUCCCCUUCCACCCCCACCCCUCCACCCCCCAGCCUCCCAGAAAAACCCACAACCUCUACACUUUCAUUGCGUGUAAAGAGCCUUUCCCUGAUUACGUUUCAAGGAAAGACUUGACUACAACCUUCGGUGUGAAGGAGUGGAUUUGGUAACGCUACUUUACCUGACGCCUGCCUACGGCAUGAAAGGACGAACUUUCAGAGAUUAUUUAAUCCAAAAUGGAAAUAUCUGUGAUUGUGUGAAUCAUGAUUUGUGACGGUUGGAUUGGGUACAGCUGCCUGUGCUUUGACUGGUAUGUUGUGUUUUUUUUUUCUUAAAAGAUUUGACUGAAAGCAAUUGUAGUUUUUAUUUACACUAGUUUUGUUUUCUAUUGUGUUUUUUAAGUAAUCACUUUGUUUAUUGACUAUUGCUCGAUAUGCAUGUUCUCUGUUUGGCACCUAUGAUGAUGGAUGAAAGUACGUCAUGGUCUAUACCCCUAACCAAUUCCAUUUCCUCCCAAAACUGCAGCAAGCUACCAUGCCUUAAAUGUCUUGAAAUGACCUUUGUUUGUUGAUACAAAUUGUAUCUAUUUCUUGAUUGUAAAAAUAUUUAUGAAAUGUACAGUAUCACUAAUAUAUAUAGUUAUAUAUAUAUACAUAUAAAAUCCUAGUUUUAUUUAAAAGAAAGAGAAAAGACAACAUAUUGCCAUAAUAUUAGUGACACUGUGUGUUACUAAGAGUAGCCCGUGGGCACGGCUUUCCCAUACUGGGCACAGACACCUACAAACAAGGACUCCUUAUCCCUCGUCUUUUCUGUGAUGUUAAACGAGCUCACUCUAGCUCUCUCUCCUGCUCUCUCUCUCCCUCUCUCUGUCUUUCUUUCUUGCUCUCUGUUGAUACAGAUCUGCUUUAAGGUUGGCUGUGUACGUGCUUUUAAAACCUCUGUAAAUAUAGAGAAUUGAAGUGGAGCUACUUUCAGAUAUAUAAUCGACACUUGUAUCCAGACUACUCGCAUAACCACAGAUUUAAGGCAGCCUAGGGGUUGGCAUCGACACAGUGUUAAGAAAACAUUUACUGAUUUAGUUUCACCCCCUAACGC